AUGCCGCCGCCGCCGCCGCCGCCGCUGCCGCCGUGUGAGGGCGCGGAGCUGGCGCGGAGCUGGCGCCCCGCCGGCGGAGCCCCCGAGCCGCCGCCCGUGCAGCUGCGGCAGAAGCUGCGGGAGCUGCCGGCGCUGCUGCGGAGCGGGCUCACGCUGCGGAGGAAGAGCAGCGCCGCCGCCGCCGCCGCGCGGACCCUGUCCAGAAGAAUUUCAAAUCCAUAUUUGGAAACAUCUUCAAACAAGAUAUAUGGAGAAAGUUCUUCCUGUGCUGGGAGAGCUCUCAGGAAUAUUUUUACACUACAAGCUUCUGACCUGAUUAAAGACAGGGUGUACCUUACUGGAAUUUGCAGGAGAAGCUGUGUUGGCUCCGAGCUGGUGGACUGGCUUCUGGAGCACUGCCCUUUCGUUAAGUGCCGAUCCACAGCAGUGGGCGUGUGGCAGCUGCUGCUGGAUAUGGGAAUUGUCUUGUCAGUGGACAGACAACUGUAUUUUCAAGACAACCAUGCAUUCUACCAGUUCUCAGCAGAUGAAUGUACCUAUCUAUUCUGCGAAUUUGAAAGAGAUGAAGGAUGGAAGAAUGGUGUAAAGCUCCUACUUCAACUACUGCCAUUAUCUCCUCACAGAAUUGGCAUGUGCAAUCUGCCUGAUCAAAAAAUAGAAGAUAGAGCAGAAACCAAUGCUGAAAUUCUCGCUCGCCUCACUUCUGCGGUACAGAAAGAACUGGCUGCUGUCAUUGCCUUGAAAGCAAGGAAAUCAGCAAUUCAUCAAAAUGAAGAAAACAGCAGUCAAGAAAUAAGAGGGCUAGAAGAGCUCAAGGAUACAUCUGAUACUCAGGCAGGAGUUUUGUGCAAGCUUCAGGAAAGAGAUGACAUCGGACGCAUUGAGCUAGUCCAGAAGCUGGCAAGAGAAAACUGUCAAUUUUUGCAGGCGGAUAGAAAACAACCGGAGAAGACAGAACAAAUGUAUUUAAAUAAUGUAUAA